CCCUCGGAGAAGCCCAAGCCCCUGCGGCUUCCCCCAAGUCCUCAAAGGCCACCGCUCCCGCCCCCGUGAAAGCCAAGUCCCCCACCACCGCCGCUCCGGCUAAAUCCCCCUCCGCGUCCGCCAAACCCCCUGUUUCUCCAGCCCCCAAAUCCAAGUCCCCGCCUGUCUCGAUCGCUCCCUCCACCUCUCCCGCCGCCUCCCCAGCUGUCUUUCCCGAUCCCGCCGACUCUCCCGCGGCAUCCGGCCCAGUUGCUCCAGCUCCCGCCCCUGAAUCCGCCGGAGUUGCCGACCAGAACUCUGGCGCUGUGAAAAUUGGAGCUUUUAUUGGUGGCGCUUUAGCUGCCUCUGCCUGGAUCGCCGUCUCUGCUUUCUAAGUCAAGAACAUGAAAGAAGAAAUGGAAUACCGGAAAAAAGAAAACAGAAACUGAUGGGUAGCGGUUUCCUUUCUGCAAUCGUUUGUUUGAUUUCAUUUUUUUUUUUUUUUUUCUAUCAUUUGAAUUGGAUUAUACGAUUUAAUUGUAUGAGUUGUUGUUUCUGCAUUUGUAAGAUGGCAAGCGGUCAUCCUGCGAUAUGACUACUGAUUAUUUUUUUUAUAAUUUAACUUUGUUUGAUUACUGUUCGCGUACUAAGACCAUUCCUGAGCAUCUGUGGUGAGAUCGGCCAAAGUUGAGGAGAGAUUAUUCUUGCGGCCCGUCGAAUGCAAUUUAUCGUCCGGAGAUCAAUUAAAAUGUGUCACGUUGACGGUAUGGAACUCAAUACUGAGCAGUACCGAGCAGG